AUGAGUGGAGAAACAAACUCAUGUUCCAUCCCGACUGAUCUUGUCAACGACAUACUCUCAAGAUUGCCUGCCAAGUCAGUCGCGAGGUUUCGUUGCGUUUCGAAGUUAUGGAGCUCCAUACUUCUCCGUCCAUAUUUCACCGAGUUGUUCCUGACCAGAUCCUCUGCGCGGCCGCGUCUCUUAUUCGCAGUGGAACAAGAAGGCGAUGAUUGGUGCUUCUUCACUUCGCCUCAGCCGAAAAAUCCAGAUGAUGAGGAAUUGUCUCUUGAAGUAACUGCCGAUUGUCAAAUGAAGUUCCCUGGAGGCAACACAUGUCUAGAAUUUUGUGGUCGUGCCUCUGAUUUGAUCUAUUUAUGUCCACAUAUCUCAGAACAUGAUCAGUGUAUAAUAAUAUGUAAGCCUAGCACGGGUCAGUUCACGAGCUUACCUAUACCUAAAGAGUGUAAUCGGAGAAGCUUUUGGAGAAGUUUUAUAGGGUUUGAUCCGAUUGGCAAAUACUUCAAGGUAUUGUCCAUUGGAGAGCUUGACGCUGAUGAAAAGAGAUGCCAAUAUCAAAUUUUGACACUAGGUACUGGAAACGAUUCAUGGAGGAAGAUCCAUUGUCCCUUAAACAAUUUUCCUAGCAGUGAAGGGAUAUGCAUCAGUGGGGUUUUGUAUUACUUAGCUGAUUCUUAA